AUCGAAAGUACCCGCAAAUAUUUUUUUGUUGUUUUUAUACCAAAGCCCAAAUGCUCAAAAACAUCUCCCGAUUUAGGCCCAAAUGUACUGAGAGCUUCUUCUUCCCGUUGAACACUUGAACCCUUGCCCUCAUUUCGCCGGAACCCAUUCUUCUUCACUCUUUUUUCUCUGCAAUUCAAAUUCCUCUGGAUAUGGAGUCCGUGGAAGACGAAGACGACCAGUGCAUCGGGAAACUCCUCGAUGCCAAGAAGAAAUCGAGUUCCGGCAACAAUGCCGCCACGAAAUCUCAGCCGAAGAAAGCGGAUGCUUCUCAGAACCCCUCUUCCAGACUGAGCUUGAACAAGAUUUCUGGUGCUAAAGCUAAACCCAAGAAAGAAGAUGAAGAUGAAGAUUUUCAAGAUUCUAAAUCCCCAAAGGCUCAGAAGAAGAAGGUGAAGAAAGAGGAGCAAGAGGAUGAAUACGCUAUUCCAGAUUCUAAACCUAAACCCAUUGUCAAUAAAACACAAAAGACGAAGGUGAAGAAAGAGGUGGUGGAGAAAGAGGAUGAAGAUGAUUUCAAAGAUUCAAAAUCAAGAAACGCGGUCAAUAAAACACAAAAGACUAAGGUGAAGGAAGAAGAUGGGAAAGAGCAGCAGAUUAGUGUAAAGAAAAAGGAGAAGAAGGUUUAUGAUUUGCCAGGCCAGAAGAGAGACCCUCCAGAAGAAAGAGACCCGUUGAGGAUUUUUUAUGAAUCAAUGUACCAACAAUUGCCGGAAAGUGAAUUGGCUGCAAUCUGGAUGAUGGAGUCCGGGUUGCUACCAAAGGAGAAGGCGAAACAAAUGUUUGAGAAGAAGCAAAAGAAGGGAAAGAUCAGUUCGCCAGCAAAAUCUGUUGCAAAAAGGGAAACCAAACCGGUUGUUGUCGCGAAGAAGAAGCAGACGCCUUCGCCAGCAGCAGCAGCAGCUCCAAGAAAGAAAAGUGCCACCGGUUCAUCAGAAGCCAAAAGGCCGAAACCGUCCGCAAAUAAUAAGCGCAAGAAGAAGGGUGGAGACAACGAAACAUCCUCGGACGAAGACGAGGACAGUGACUUUGUCGAUGUUCCAAGGAAGAAAAAGAAGACAUCAUAGUAUUUGUGUGUGUGUGUGUGUGUGUGGGUGGGANGCAUUUGCUUGGUUCUCUAACCUAUAACCUGUGGGGAUGGAGUGCUUGCUUUGGUGGUACAAUUUUCUAACUGAUUCAACAUUAGAGAUGGGUUUAUCAUUAUUGAUUUUAUUGGAAAUAUUGUUACCCAGCAUUAAACACUGCCUAUUUUU